AUGACGACGGCGUCCAACGACCACGUGGUGACGCUUCCGCAGAGCUCGUCGCUGCCAGACGUCACGGCGGUGGACAUGCGCGCCAUGCCGACCCAUCACCAACACAUGAAAGCAGGAGGGUUGCUCCAUGCGCCACCCCUUCGUCGCGAGUAUGAUCCCACGAUGGCCGCGCCGUCGAGCCAAGAGUUCUCCCCAGCGAAAAUGAGCAUCGACGGUGGGUCCGUCUUCAGCCACAACACUGCAAUCGACGACUUGUCGCCCCGUGCAAUUUUGCAGUCGCUGCCAAGUGUACUGAUUGCUGUGAUCCUCAACUUGAUGAUUUCGAUUCCGUUUGGACUUUCGUUCUUUCCGUUGGAAUGGACCGAGCUCCCCGCGCCGCGCGCGAUCGGGAUCCAAAUGUUUCUUCUCACCACGUUCAUCUGCCAGUUCGUGUUUGCCGUGCGCAGCUCGUUCGAUUGUUCCGUGGGCAUGAUGAUGGUGGAAAACGUUCCGUUCAUGCACACGCUGUCCUUGUCGAUCGUUGCCGAGGUCGGCGCGUCAUCGCCCACGGCGCUUCCGACCAUUCUCGUCGCGUACGCGUUGUCAUCCGUGGUCGUGGGCUGCAUGUUUUACGCGCUGGGGUACUUCAAGCUCGGGUCUGUCAUCUACCUCUUCCCCAAGCACAUUAUCAUUGGCGCGAUCGGUGGCAUUGGGGUCUUUGUUGUCCAAAAUGGGCUCCAGAAUGCCACGGGUGUGUCGGUGCAAUGGACGUGGGACGGCCUCGUGCGCCUCGCCGAGCCGGACGUGUUGUACUUGUGGCUGACGUCGGUCGCCCUCGUUGUCGUCCUUGGCAUUUGUCUGCGUUUUGCCAAGUCCCCGCUCUUUUCGCCCUUUUACUUUGUGUCGAUCGUUCCGUUGUUUUACGUAGUCCUGUGGAUCUUGGGCAUCCCGAUCGAGACGGCCCGCGCCCACAACUGGUUCUUUGAACGACCGCCCGAGGUGCCGUUCUACUCGAUGUGGUCGCACUACGACUUUUCCCUCGUCGAGUGGUCGGUCAUUCCCAAGCAGUUUGGGACGUUGGUCGGGCUCAGCAUCUUCAGUCUCAUGCACGUGCCCAUCAACAUCCCGUCGCUCAGCCUGACGACGGGCCACGAAUGCGACAUCAACGACGAACUGAAAGCUCAUGGCAUCUCCAACACCCUUGGCGGCCUUGUCGGGAGCGUUCAAAAUUACUUGUGCUACUCGACGUCCGCGCUGUACUACAAGUGCGGCGGCGGUGGCCGUCUCCAGUCGGUGCUCAUUGGCGUAUUCGUCAGCAUCCUGUUCUUUGCCGGGCCGGGCAUUGUCGCGUACGUCCCGCGAUGCAUGGCGGGAUGCUUGAUGGUCCACGUGGGCCUGGACCUGUGCAAGGAAGCCGUUGUCGACACGUACGCGGAACUCGACCGGUUCGAGUACGCGACGGUGUGGGUGAUCGCCCUGACCAUGACAUUCUGGGGCAUGAACGAAGGAUUGGCUGUCGGAGUGUUGCUGGCGUGCGUCGCUUUUGUCGCGCAGAGCGCCCCGGCGGGUCCGUUGCGCGGAAGCAUGAGCGCAGCUACACUACGCAGUAGUGCCUGGCGCAGCACGUCCGACCUGGAAGUGCUCGACCGCGUGUCUCGAAACGUGCAUGUCGUGCAGCUCAAGGGGCACUUGUUUUUUGGCAACAUUCACAAGUUGACCGAGUACAUGACCGACCUCUUGGUCAAGUUUCCCGAACUCGAGUGCAUGGUGGUGGAUUUUACGUUGGUGGUCGCGAUCGACUCGUCGGCCGCGGAUCGAUUGUCCAAGCUAAAGUUUGUGUGUGCCCCGUACGAAUGCCGCCUCGUGUUCACGGCGAUUCCCGCGGCGUACACGCGCUUCCGCCGCGGCAUGUUGAUGCAAGCAUCGCCCGUGUUUCACGUUGCCGACGACCUGAACGACGCGAUCGAGUGGAGUGAAAACGAGCUCUUGCACCGGUACAAGGCCGUGCCGGCCAUGACGAAAGAGCCGUCGCUUCCGAAAGAACACGCGUUCCUCACACGCUUGCACAACUUGUGUCCCGGGCAGCCGCUUGCGGUGCUGGACAAGCUCCUCGCGUAUUUUGACCGCAACGAAAUCCCAGGCAACGUUCAGGUGUGGCGCCAAGGUGAUGCAGCCACGUCGGCGAUGCUGCUUGCAGAAGGAUGCAUGCAGGCGAUUGUAGAAGAGGAAGCAGGGACCAAGGAGGACAUUUCGGUCGGUGCGUUGGUCGGAGAGCUGUGUUUGCUCACGGGAGAAAAGCGAAAGACGUCUGUUGUCACGAUGGAGCGCUGUGUCGUGUACGUCUUGACGGAAGAACGGUUCAAGGACAUGCUCGAGAACGACAGCUUGCUCGCGUUUGUUUUUCAAGGCAUUGCGCUGCGAUAUGUGUCGCUCCGACUGCAAUAUGUCGGCAAUCGCAUCUGGGAAACCAAGUGCCUUCCCAUCUAA